AUGGUGGAUGGGAAGGAGGGAGAGGAGAAGCCCGAGAAACCGCAGCGAGCUGGAGCCGCUGGAGAACCUGAAGAAGAAGUAGAAAAAACUGUCAAAAUUAAGACUAUUUCUUCCAGUCAUGGAGGGGAAAGUUCCAGUCACAGCGCUGAGAUGCAAUCAGCUGAAGAAGAAGCUGCGGGCCUCCCAAGAAAACCUACAAAGAUCUCCAAGUUGGGAUUUGCCAUAGUUGCAGCAGGUUUUAAUGAAGAUGAAGCUAGUAAGCCAGAGGAAAUGUCUCCAGAAGCAAAGAUAAGGAUGAAGAAUAUUGGAAGGGAUACACCAAUGUCAGCAGCACCAAACUCCUUCAGUAAAGGAAAGCAUGGUUUUUCUGAUAACCGGAAGCUCUGA